AUUGCUCUCGUUGAUUGGCAAAGAGGAGGUAGUAGGAGGGAAGAGCAUACCAGGAGGAGGGUGAACGGGGCAUUUUGGUUUUGGUAAGAUGGCAUCGCCUCUGCCCUGGCUCUACUUUAUUCUAUGGCUAGAUACCACUCUGGGGAAUCUCAAAGAAGAAGGAAACCUAUACUCACAGAACAUCAGCCGGAUCCUGGACAAUCUGCUUGAAGGCUACGAUAAUAGACUGCGACCGGGAUUUGGUGGUGCUGUCACCGAAGUCAAAACAGACAUUUAUGUGACCAGUUUUGGGCCAGUGUCAGAUGUGGAGAUGGAGUAUACAAUGGAUGUUUUCUUUCGCCAAACUUGGACUGAUGAGAGGUUGAAGUUUGGGGGACCAACUGAGAUUCUAAGUUUGAAUAACUUGAUGGUCAGUAAAAUCUGGACACCUGACACUUUUUUCAGGAAUGGUAAAAAGUCCAUUGCUCAUAACAUGACAACGCCUAAUAAGCUCUUCAGAAUCAUGCAGAACGGAACCAUUCUGUAUACCAUGAGGCUUACUAUCAAUGCUGACUGUCCCAUGAGGCUGGUUAACUUUCCUAUGGAUGGGCAUGCUUGUCCACUCAAGUUUGGCAGCUAUGCUUACCCCAAAAGUGAAAUCAUAUAUACAUGGAAAAAGGGACCACUUUACUCUGUAGAAGUCCCAGAAGAAUCUUCAAGCCUCCUCCAGUAUGAUCUGAUUGGACAAACAGUAUCUAGUGAGACAAUUCAAUCUAAUACUGGUGAAUACGUAAUAAUGACAGUUUAUUUCCACUUGCAAAGAAAGAUGGGCUACUUCAUGAUACAGAUAUAUACUCCGUGCAUUAUGACGGUCAUUCUUUCCCAGGUGUCUUUCUGGAUUAAUAAGGAGUCUGUCCCGGCAAGAACUGUCUUUGGGAUCACCACUGUUUUAACCAUGACCACUCUGAGCAUCAGUGCCAGGCACUCCUUGCCAAAAGUGUCGUAUGCAACUGCCAUGGAUUGGUUCAUAGCUGUUUGCUUUGCUUUUGUCUUCUCUGCUCUGAUUGAGUUCGCCGCUGUCAACUACUUCACCAAUCUUCAGACCCAGGAGGCCAAGAGGAAUGCACAGAUUGCAGCCCCACCACCAGUGACGAUAUCAAAAGCAAAGGAACCCUUGGAAGCUAAGAUUGUUUUGCAUCCGGAUUCCAAGUACCAUCUGAAGAAAAGGAUCACUUCUCUUACCUUGCCAAUAGUUCCGUCUUCUGAGUCCAGCAAAGUCCUUACUAGAGUACCCAUCUUACAACCUACACCUCUUACACCCCCACCACUCUCUCCAGACUUUGGGGGCACCAGUAAAAUUGACCAGUAUUCUCGAAUUCUCUUCCCAGUUGCAUUUGCAGGAUUCAACCUUGUAUACUGGAUAGUUUAUCUUUCCAAAGACACUAUGGAAGUGAGUGGCAGCGUUGAAUAG